AUGCAUUGGUUGACAGGACUCUGGCUCGCAAGCUCCGGCUUGGGCGGGCUUAGUGCUGCGUUCCCAGCAAACUACGAUCCUCGCAAUGACGACUUUCCGAUAGUCGAAACUCAUCCCUUUGCCGACUUUGGCCCCAUUGUGACAAAGCGAGCGGAUAAGCCUGAUUUGCGAAUUUUGCCGCUUGGUGCAUCUAUCAUGAGCGGUGUCGGAUCAACGAAUGGCAACGGUUUGAGAAAGCCACUGAGAGAUGCUCUUCGCUUCGAUGGCUUCGAGGUUGACAUGGUUGGAGGUCGAAACUCCGGGACCAUGAAAGAUAAUGCAAACAUUAUCAUCAUCAAUGGAGGUACGAAUGAUGCAGUGCGAACCAUUGACCCAGCCGGCAUAUACCACCGAAUGGACGACAUGCUCAACGACAUCUGGAACUCCGAGGACAUGGGAAACGCCUGCAUCAUGCUGUCGACUCUUCUAGACACUUCAGACGAAGCUGGGGCCGUCAACCGCAUUUUCAUCAACCAGGAGUAUCGACGCCUAGUCAAUGACCGAGAAGCUGACGGUAGAUGCAUUGUUCUGGCCGAUAUGGAUCCACCGGAAGGGCCACAGCACGGUUGGAUACAAGCGAAAGACGCAAAGCCUGAAUGGGCGGACUACAAGCCGGACGAGAAUCCCCACACGCAUCCCAACGACGAAGGACAUCGUAAGAUGGCUUACAUCUUCUACAGAGCUAUCCUUAAAGCGGUCGCACUCGGGCAGGUCAUGCCUCCGUCAACCGAAUUCGAAGUGGCUGAUCCAGUUUGCGACAAGUUUUCUGGCUCAGGUCUCAAUCCGGGCGGCAGAACGCAGAGAGGUACUGGCAACGAUGACGAGGUCUACCGUCAUUACAGUGAAGAGAUGGGAAUCAUCUGGUCAACGACCGAGAGUGAAUGGGAUCGUGACCAGUGGCGAUUCGCUCGACUCUUCUCAGACAAGUACGAUGACUUCAUUGCAUGGGUCAAAACGAGUGACACCUCAAACACCUUUGCAGUUUGCCAAUACUUCAUUGACAUGAACGGUGACGGCCUCGACGAUAUGGUCUGCAUCGAUAGUAAGGGCAACGCGUACCUAUCCAUCAACAACGGAGACGGCAGCAGAGGAGUGAGGCCGCCUACAUUCAGACACCUUGGUCUGAUCAAGAGUACCGAAACUUCCAGUAGAGACAACGUACGCAUGGCCGAUAUCGACGGCGAUGGACGAGGCGAUUACCUCGUCAUCGACAAGCUGGGCACUGUGACCGCCUGGCGAAACGGAUGGGUUGAUGACAAGCCCAAAUAUUGGCAAGCUUUAGGUGUACGAUGGGAGGAUCAGUACACACGAGAUAUCAAGGGUGUUCAAUUUCACGAUAUCAACGGCGACGGUCGCGACGAUUGGCUAUGGACGGACAAGACAGGCGCUACGACCACCUUCACGAACAGCCGCUCUUGCAAGAAGAAGAAAGAAGGCGAUGGUCUCAAUGUCGCUUGGCGUCAAGGCUUUUUCGAGAAAGAAGGUACUGGUCCCACUCACAAGGGAGUCCCCGGCUACAUCACCAAGCAAGAGACCGAUCUCCGCAAACGCGUUCACUUUGCUCGAGUCUAUGGAGGUUCAUCAUCCUUCGGAAAUCUCUCACUCAAAGAUUACGUCUUCCUUGAGCAUGCAAAACUCAGCAACGGCAUGCAUAGCUUCAAGAUGCGCGUGUGGAAGAACACUGGCGGAGGUGCCUCCAAGCUGAAGAUGGAUGGCAACAAGUAUUGCAACAUGGUCGGACACGCUGAUGGUCGCUCUGACUAUGUGUGGACAUGGUCCAACGGCAAGAUGGAAUUAUUCAUGAACAGAGGCAAGAAGGCCAUCGCUGACAACGAUGCUGAGGGCUUCUGGGACUGGAGUCCGGGGGUCAUCUGGACGCCGCCCACGGCUAUGCAUAGGCUGGACUUGCACCUCGCUGAUUGGGACGGCGAUGGUGCGUGUGAUAUCAUCUACGUUAACCCCACCAACAACAAGUUGCGGGUGUUCAUCAACGAGUAUCCGAAGACACAGUCUUGGCAAUUCACUGAGAUCAACCAAGUGCCCGCUCUCCCCUGUCACGAGAGAAGAGGUGUCGGAAUCAACGACCAUUUGACUGGCAACAAAAGAGCCGACUUCCUUUGUCUCCGCCCUGAUGGGUUCAUCACCGGACUCCUACACCAGAAUGAUGGAAGUUUUAAGGUUGUCGGCCAGAUCAAGGUUGCCGAGGGCCACGACAGAGCCAUGCUUCGCUUUGCUGACGUAAAUGGCGACGGAAGAGACGAUCUCUUGUGGAUUGAAAAGUUCUCCGGCGACACUUGGGUCUGGUACAACGAAGGCGAAGACGCAAGCAGACCACUGGGCUCAGCGUUCCACUGGCGUCAACAGACAGAGAUGGCGUUCGCCGGUCUAGCUGCUGGAACAUGUCUCUUCUACACUGACCUCUCGGGCGAUUUCCGAGCUGAUGAACACUACGUCCUUGAAUCGAUCAACAACAUCGCCGAGACAUCCUUCAGCCCCGCCUGUGGCCUCAGUAAUGUCGAGGGCGACGACCCCGAGGGUGUUAUCGAUCCUAAGUUACCCGUGAGACCCGAAGAUCCUAACAGCGGCAACGAUGAAGUUCCGGAGGGAAUCUGCUCAUACCAGUUCCUCGGAACGACACAGCUGACGCUCAAGAACACUUGGGAGAACUCGGGUGCCCGUGCUAGCCUGACAAAGUGGUUCGAGACGAACAGUCCGCCAACCUGGUCGACAAACUAUCUGAACAAGAUCCUCGGUACGCAAAUCACUUGUGGAGAUAUCUUCCACUCUUGUGCUGGCCCUUCCAAGAGUUGCUCCGAGUACAACCCCCCUGAGGCAUUCUACGUGCAUAUGCAGAUCGCCAACCUGCAUGAUGGCAUGGCCAAAUUCUGGGGUAUGAUGGUCAACGACAGCGUCACUGCUCUGGGGAGUGACAUUACUACCAUUGUGGACAAGUACGGCACACCUAAGGAUGAUACCAAUACCAUUCUCAACAUGCUAGUCGGUCUCUUCACGAGUCUCGCAGGUGUCGGUGGCACCAUCUCGGACGCUUUACCGGGAAGCACGGGAGCGGGCGUGCUCGGCAAGUUUGUCAACCCCAUGACGCUGUUCGCUGGCGUGAUCGCUAUUGCGGCUACAACAGCUGAAAACGUUCCGGAAGUCGAUCCCGCGGGUCUCGAGAAGAACUUGAAAGAUAGUUACAGCACUAUGUUCUCCCACAUCUCGAAUCACUGCAAAACUGCACUUAGUUCCGUUAUCAAUGGGGAGACAAUUCCACGGGUCGGUGAAGACGGUAUGAGGGAAUACAUUCUGCGCCAUUUUGACGAUGGUGCGUGGUUGAGUUCUGAGUGGGUAGGCGACAUGAUUGAGAUGAUGGCAACCAACGUCUUUGGCAAAUUUAGAGAGUUUGCACUAAUCCGCUCUAUGAAGACGGCCAACAAGAGAGAGUACAAGUUCCUCGUCACAUCCGCCGAUCAGAAAGUUGUACCUACUGGGAGUGGUGUCACCUACAUGAACCAAGAGGCUUGCGAAAGCAAAGCGGCGCGGAUGUGGUAUGAUAAUAAUUGUAUCGCACUUGGCUACGCCGAAAUUGGUGUUGAUAGCAAACUGAAGCAUUACACAAUCAGCGACAGUGAAGCAGAAGACAUGAAGCACUGGAUUCGGGACUUCCGCGCCGCCCUGAUCAAUAACUACGAGUGUUACAAGUUGAAGGAUGGAGAUGGCAAGUUGGAUGAUCCCGUCUUUCCGCCACCCUUCGAUGCAGCGGCUAUGAUUGAGUACCCAGUCUGCUUUUGGAAUUUGUGGUCCAAAGACGUGACUACCAAUACUUAG